UCCGAAGCGAGAUCGUCGACCGACUCAACGUCGUAUGCUAUCCGCUGGCAAUGACCUUGCUAUCGCUGAUGUUCGUCUACACGAUUAUCCUGAUCAGCGCGAUCUUGCCAGCGCUCUCGAUCGAGUUCCUCGUACUUGGUGAAGACUUUCAGCGGAUCUUCGACAACGUUGGUCCGCUGUUCGAAACGGCCCGGAACGCAAACUCCAACUGGACCAAGCUGGAAAACAACAUGAAGAGCUGCAUCCGACGUCACCAGGAACUCUUAACCUUAGCCGAACUCCUUCAACGACGACUCAAGCUGUUCUUCCUGUUCAACCUGAUGGUAGACUUCUUCCUGAUCACGUUCAGCUGCUUCCAGUUCGGCAGAAGCCGUCGCAGCGACUCUCCUCGGUACAUGUACAGUGCGUUCGCCGCCGUAACGGCCACCAUCAACCUGCUAAUGUUUGGAAAAAUGUGCGACCAGCUUGAGGCGCACGUAUCCUCGAUCAAGCGCCACCUUUACAGUGCCAACUGGGUCGACCGCCUGGUCUACUCGCGCGUCUUCGCCCCCCGCUAUAAGAACUUCCGCAAGCUGAUGCUGAUCGUGAUGGAGCGCACCGAGCGGAAGGUCGGCUUCACGUGCGGCAACUUCUACGCCAUGUCCCUAACCACGUGCUGGAGCGUAGUCCAGUUUUGCUACUCGGUCUUCACGCUCCUGCUCAGCGUGUUUGAGUAAUCGAAUGACGACGCAGAGUUCGUUUUUUUUUUUUUGCUGAACGGCGAACCCCGCGAACAAGAGAACCUCUAAUUGCAAUCUAGGACACACUUGCGGUGGUGGUCGUGACUCCGGGUGGUGCGGUUUUUCUCCGGUGACACUCGUAAAUCAAAUGUAUGAAACAAGCAGAGCAGCAGCGCUGGGAUGGUGUUAUUCAGUUGUGGCUGGAAGCUAAUUCGAUUCAAGUGUAGAUU